GCAAGGGGCGUGGCCUGAGCGGGAGCAGGAAAUGGCGGCGCGGGCGUCGGGCUCCUGAGCUCCCGUGGUGAAUUGAGUAGAACGAUGAGCCUGGAGUCGGUGAACCGGGAGCUCAAGUCCAACCUCAGACCCUUGCUAGCUGUGGGACCCCAGGCACAGAAAUGCCCCUCUUCCGCCUGGUCCCUCAGCUUUGCCAGCUGUGCCCCCGAUGCCCUCCUUCUGCCAGGCCCCUCAGCUCCACUCUCUGCCUGAGGGCAAGACAGAGUAACUAUUAUGAACUUCUGGGGAUCUGUCCAGAUGCCAGCAUGAAGGAAGUGAAACGGGCUUUUUUUGCCAAAUCCAAAGAGUUGCACCCUGACCGAGACCCAAAGAACCCUGCUCUCCACAACCGGUUUGUGGAGUUGAACGAAGCCUACCGGAUUUUGAGCAAGGAAUCCAGCCGCCGAGACUAUGACAGCCAGCUCCACCUUCGAGGCUCCAUGCCAUCUCCCCGUCACACCUCCCAGUCUCCCUACCAGAGCUACCGCCCUGCCUCUGCCUCCAGCUCCUGGUCCUCCGACGAUGCCCGGUACUGGGCCCAGUUCCACAGGGUGCGCCCAGAGGACUACCGCGGGGCUCGGCAGAGGCAGCAGAGACAGAACCAUCGAGUUCUGGGGUACUGCCUCCUGCUGAUGCUGGGGGGCAUGGUAAUGCACUACAUUGCCUUCAGAAAGCUGGAGCAGGUCCACCGAAGUUUCAUGGAUGAGAAAGACCGAGUUAUCAUGGCGAUCUACAAUGAGAGCAGAGCCAGGGCCAGGGCCAACAGCUCCAGGCUCCAGCAGGAGAGAUUGCAGAAGCCCCAGAGCCCCCAGCCGCACCCCGGGAAAUGACCUGCGACCCUUCCUUCCCUGGCCUCCGGCCCCGGAGGGGCUGCUUGGGCUGGAGCGGCGGCAGGGGCGCGGUGCCCAUCUGGUCCCUUGUUGCCCGGGUGCAAUAAAGUCGUUGUCAGUGGGUGUCUGA